CCUGCCCCCACCCUAGGUAAUUGAAAUUGACUCAAAACGAAUCAAUUCAAAAUGCCUCAAGUAGAUUGAUCCAUCCAAAAAUUUUGCUGGCAAACGAGGCAAUUUGGUACAAUUCCUCAUCCAAACGACCCUAAUCUACACAUAUUUUCACCAUAUCGUUGAUAACAAAAGCGAUGUACAUGUUGAUCGCUUGAGAGGACAACGAUUUAAGGCUAAUCGCUUUAUAGAAAAGCAAUAAACCAUUAAUCGCUUCACCAAGAAGCAAUCAUGGUAUUAAUCGCUAUAUAAUCGUUGUCGUCAAAAGUGACCAAUGAAAUCACUUUUAAGUAAAUCGUUCAAUAGUAAAUCGUUGUUCUCAAUCGCGAUUUCAUUUGAACACGAGAUUAGGGUUGGUGCAUGUUUUUUUCCACGAGGUUAGGGUUGGUGCAACGAUUUUCAAUUGACCACUUUUGUCACAAGCGACCAUACUAAAUCGUUUUUGUCUAAAUCGAUCAAUAUUUGGCACGAGUUUAGGGUUUGAUGCAGCUACCUAGACUUGAUAGCCUACGUCGGAAGCGAUCUUGCAUUGAUCUCUUGAGUUUAAGGCGAUAUUGUCUUCAUCUAAAUUCAAUAUAAAAAUACUACCCUAUCAUGCUAACUCACUCUCAUUUCCCCUUCCCCCCCCCCCCCCCCCACCUUCAUAGCAAAAACUCUCUUCUUCUCCACCGCACUUGCAGAAAAUUUCACGACCACACCAGAAAUCCAUUCCCUUAUCUUGACUACAAGUUACGUAUGAAUUUGUUUAGUAUGGUAAUAUUUAACUAGUUUGUUUUUGCUUCACUAAUGACGCAUCGUGUUAAUCAUGCUAAAUAUCCAGAUCAAUGACGGAUCCAGGGGGUGGCCACCCCGGGCCCCGGCCCAGCCCUCCUCUGGAUCCAUAGUUAGUAUAGGCCUUAUGAAUUUUUCGAUUUUUGAUAUUCGGGUCGUUGUUAUUUUAAAAUAAGAUUUGGUAUAAUUAGAAAAAUAAUUCAGAUGAACAUAUUCAAAAUCACUACUCUAAAUUUAGCUUAUAAAUUCUAACCCCAAAAGUUAUUCGUCUAAAAAAACAAUGAAAUCUAAAAAUUCAGAAAGUUUAAAACGUAAAAGACUAAAACAUAUAUGAGGUUUGUUACCUUGAAAAUUUACUAGAGCAGCGGGUGGAUAUAGGGAUGGAAACACAAUGCAAAUUGAUUAGUAGAUUGAUUUGUCUAGUGUUGAUGUUGCUCGUUUCAACAUCUAAUACGAAGAGAACCUUUACAACAAUGAAACAUGUGAAAAUUGAUUUGCGCAACAAAAUGAGCGAUGAAUUUUUAGUCGAUUGCUCAAGUAUUUUAUUUGAAACAGUGUAUACUAUUGAUAUGGAUGUGGACUCCAUUAUUAAUGCAUUCGCUAAAUUAAAUUACCGUUGUGUACAAUUUACAUUGUAAAAAGAUUAUAAUCAUGAUAUUCUUUUACUAUUCUAAUUUUCUAAUAAAAUGCGGCCCAGUGCACUUCUGUGUUCUGGAUCCGCCGCUGAUCCAGAUUAAAGUUGAAUGUAUAUGCCUUAUGGUUUUGCAUGUUGUAUGUGAUCAUUAUUUAUUUUAAAUUGCAGACAUGAGUAGAUUUCGAAAGUUCUAGUUUCUUAUUUGGUUGAAUGGUUGGGUGACAAAAUCUCAAAAUGGAAUCGUUUAUGAAGAUGAGGAAUCCAAUAAGUUGAAGAUUGAGACCAGAUUCACAUGGCAAGAACUAUAUGACAUUGUGCAAACAUGGUUUGUAUUGUGGGGAAGACAAGAGUUUGUAAAAUUACUUAACGAUAUCCAAACACCAGUGGAGGCGGUGUCACGUACGAAGGAGUUGUUAUAUCCGACGAUGAUGGGGUUAACAUGAUGGUGGACUUCCUAGCUGAAAACACGAUCGGGUUUGCAUAGGUGUAUGUUGAGACCGAGGAUGUCAGUCAUGGUGGAGCCAUUUACGAAUAUGAUGGUGGUGAAUCCUCUUAUCGCCCUCGUUAUUACGGUGAUAUUUUUCCCCACAAAUGCACUAGUUUAUAAUAAAAAAAUCUAAAUACAAUAGUUUUUAUAAAAUUCCUAAAAGCACAUAUUUUGCAUGAGGGCACGAAUGGGGUGGUUAUUCAAGCAACUAUGAAGGAGAUAGUUAUGCAGGCGGCGAUGUGGGAGGUGUACCAUGGGGCGAUGCUGCUCCACAUCGUGUUAAUUCUAUUGAGCCCGCCACAUUUGUUGAGUCAGAUGCCGUUCACUGGCCGACUUGGAGUCAAGAAUGGUCUAACAUUGAAAAUACCAUUCCGGCAUCUAGGCGAUAUGCACAAAGUCGAGAUGAUGAUGUUGGCGGUGAUGGUCGCGAGCAUCCCACUGACGAGAUGUCGUGUUAUCCUUUCAAAAGCGAAGAGGAUAGUGAAGAAGAUUUGGGAUAUGUGAGUGAGGAAGAGGAUACAUACAAUGGGGUUGGAGUUUGGGACAUGGGUGACAUGUAUGGCGUGACAAGGAAAUAAGGUACAAGAAGGCAUGCCAAGGAAAUCAAAAGGACAUGGUGACAUGUAUAUUGAUUGGGACGAGUCGUGGUUCAAUAAUAUAAAAACUGAGGACCAAGUUCAGGUCCAAAAUGAGUCGAUGCUUCAUUGAUAUUUUGAUCAUUCAGGCCAUGCAUUGAUGGGUUUGAUUUCUUCCUUCCAGUGAUCUAAGUAUAUGGCACCUUCCUUUCUGGAAAGUACAAGGCAGCCUUCUUAUUACCACUAGUGUUGAUGGGAAUGUGCAGAUUUUUUCACUGGCAUUUGCUCUAUUCGAGGGGGGAUAGUUUAAGUUGGGCUUAAUUUUUCGAAGAGAAACAUGACUACUUCACACAGCGAAAGGGCAUUACGAUCAUUUCCGACUAGCACGUUGAGAUUAGACAUGUCGUGUAUGGCUUUCCCGAUGAAUGGGGGGUGGACAUGGCAUUGGUUCAUUCACCACUUUCUAGCCAAUUAUCAACACAAAUAUGGCAGGAAGAACGUCAAGAAUCGCAGCGGAACACAAAUGCAAUAAACAUAUUUGCAAGGUCGAAGGUAAAAAUACUUAUUUAACACCAUUAGGGUCAUCUCGUAGUGGUUCGUUGGGAGCCAAAUUAUCUGUUGGGUAACACGGUGCGAACAUAAAAAAUGCUCCCAUGCCCAUAGUUGGAGGUUGAACAUAGCACCAGUGGCUUCCUUUGUACCCAGCCUUGAGCAUCCACAUAGCUCUCGAUACAACAUAGCCAAAACAGUUGAUCCCCAACUGUUUGCCUCGAUAGCAUCCCAAACACCGAUGAGCAAUGCGAGCCACAUGCCAUUUAUCCACCUAUUCGCCUUGUUCAAAAACAAUAGUACUCCACCCACCAAGGCAAUGAGAUAAACGUGGGCAUACUGAUUCGGGUCUAAUUGCAUAUGUUUUCACCUCAUGUUCUUGUGGUGAUUGAGGCAUUUACAUCACUUGAUAUUCGAUUUUACGCUAGGUUGUGCAUGUUUCCAUCAUGUUUCGGGUUCUAGCAGGUGAUAUUAGCCUUCAGAGCGAAAGGUGGGCGAAAGAGGAUCGAAAGGAGCAAAAAGGGGAAGAUCACGGUUCAAGCAACAUUAUCACGGCCAGUCGACUGUGAAGAUAGAGACUAGACCGUGAUGUUCGAGGAAACUAGAAGAGUUUUUAUGACUCGUGGGCCUUAACGAUAUUUGGGUCACCCGACCGUGAUAAUCCAGCCAAGACCGUGCAGACCUUAAAUAAAAUAGUGCACUUUUGCCCGAGAUCACGGUUUGAGCUUAAAAAUUACGACUGUGAUAUUCGACCAUGGUGAGCACUCGACCUUGUAUAAAAGGAGGAUGGAGCUGAAAAUUGAAGAAGGGAGCCUAGGGAGAGAUUGUCUUCUUCUUCUUCUUCUUCUUCUUCUUCUUCUUCUUCUUCAGAUUUUAGAGAGAGAAAGUGACGAACCAAGAGAGAGUAAGAGAUAUAGGGUUUGCUCCAAGCUUGAGGAUUGGAGAUUUUCAUCUUCCAAGGGUGAUUUCUACAACAAGGAAGUCAUACACCACACCAUGGUUCUUCCUCUUCUCUUUGUUGUAAUCCCUAGUUUAGCUAUGGAGUAGUACUCUUUUUAACUUGGGUAUUGUAAACCCUAGCUUUAGAUAUGUGAUAGAUUGUAUGGAUUGAAUGUUAUGCGUGUGGGUUUGUGUUCUAUUCCAAAUUGACCUAGGUGGAGAGAAACGCCCUAGUUUGCUAGAGGCUUUGAGAAGCUGGAUUUCUUGGCCAUUUGAGCCACCCACCUAGGGAAAUUUAGGGCAA